GCCGCAUCUCUCAGACGCCCAGCGGAUGUGGCACCAGAAGAACAACACAAAUAUCCACGAGAUACAUUCGUUCGCAUAGUCGAGAAACUGAAACUAAAAAGUAUCCCCAAGAUACACGCUCAUGUGCGCGGCUUUAAGUGAAUAUAAUUGAGGAACAAGUGAUAUAAAUAGUGGGAUAAACUCUUUCUUCAACCGCGGCACGUGCCGGGCACACUUUCCCCCUUCAAAUCUGCAAUCGAGCGAAGGUGGCAAUUAAUUAGGGAUAAAACCAACACACUCACCUGCGGGUGAGAGCUUUAGCGAUGAGCUGCCUGCACUUGAAGAACUUCAAAUGCGCCGACUGGUCGCCGUCUUUGCCCAGGAGUUAAGCAACUGAAUAUCAUAGCAUAAGUACACACCGCACUCAGAGGCAUUUUUCCGGAGGAAUUCUUCACGUGAAGUCUAUUGAAAGUGGUUUUCACAAGAGGGUCGUUAAGUAUGCCGCCGCACAGGCAGCUGGUGGUGGUGCCGAUGGUGGUGCUAGCCAUCCUGACCCUCCUGGCGGACCCCUCGCUUGCCCAGCGACCGCUGAUCAUGAACCACACCUUCAGCUCGCUGCCCAUGUCCCAGCAUCCGAGUUUCAACAGUUGGCCAGGUGCCUCGGGCGGAAAGCAAUUGCGUAACGGCCGGUUGCACGAGCAACCCUUGCCUCUGCCACAGCCCACUUUGCCGGUGGCCACGCAGUACGAGGACUACGAGGCCGCACCGCCAGGAUCGCGAAGGGAUAACAAGAGGCGACUGGCCCAAAUGGCCCAGCGUCCCGGAAGCGGAAAUGGCGGGCGGCGCGGCAUGGAAUCGCUGCGAAAGGAGCUAAUGAAUCCCUCGGUGGGUGGUCCGGGCGGAGGAAUUUCCGGCGGAAGUGCCGGCUACCCCUCGUACUCCGCCACCUCUUCCAUCGGGCGAAUAGAUGGAAUGCGCCAGAACACAGGAUCCUCGGAUCAUUAUGGAGCCCUAUACGAGCAGCUGAAGCAGCCCAGUGGCAUGUCCGCCAUGACGGCUGGCCCCUACUCCACUCGAUUCCCUCCUCUGUACGCCGGUGUGGACGACCAGCCCAAGCGCUCGAAUCAGCGGAAGAACUCCAUCAGUGAGCUGUACAAGCUGAAGAAGGCCCUCAAUCAAGCGGAUGAGCCUGCUGGCGGGGUAACCCAUGGCAACUUUGAAGGCGAUCCGCAGCCCUCGUCGGCGGAUCCGCUGCAGGAAAUCAAGGAUCGCAUCCGAGAUACAUCCCCGAAUGCGAACACCUACGCUCCCCACACGGAUGCCACGCCCUCGUCAGAGUACGAGUACGAACUGGGCGUAAAGUGCAAUUUCGAGACCCCAUGCAGCUGGACCUGGGGCAACUACACGGACGGCUUCCAAGUUAUAUCCGGCAUGGAAUUGUUCAAGAAGAAUCUCACAGGACUACUGCCAGGACCCACAGCUGACAGCAUCGACGAUGCAAACGGGAGAUUCCUGUACGCCCGCGUGCUUCCGAACUCGAAGCCCCUGAAUCUCACCUCGCCGGAAUUCAGCACCACCAUGGAGAAGUGCUUUCUGGAGGUGUACAUGCACCAGAGCGACAUGAGCCACGGACUUUCGCGGGUGGUGGUGGAGCCCCUUCACACGGCGGAGAGCAGUUGGGUUCCGGCCGAGAUCCUGGGCGACAAUCAGCGCCAGUGGACCAGGAAGGUAUAUCGCCUGGGUCGCGUCUCCCGCGAUUUCCGCAUCGUUUUCGAAGUGGUUCCCGAUCUGCGGCCGGGCCAGAAGGGCCAUGUGGCGCUGGACAACCUUCGGAUGGUGAACUGCUUCCCCGAGGGUACAAAGUCGGAAAAGUGCAGCACCUCGCAGGUCAAGUGCACCGCCAACAAGGUGCCCGUGUGCAUCCACCUGCCGCGAAUCUGCGACAUCACCAGGGACUGCGAUGAUGCGGAGGACGAGCAGCAGUCGUGUGAUAAAAUACCCUACGGCGGUCGGUGUGACUUCGAGGAGGACUGGUGCGGUUGGCGGGACUCGGGGAAGACGACGCUCACCUGGUCGCGGCACACGGGAUCCUCACCCACCCACGACACCGGACCGGACGGGGAUCACACGAUGCAGCAUCUGCAGAACAACACCAGCGGCUACUACAUGCUGGUCAACAUGAAUCAGCACCAGAACAACACGGAAAAGAACUCGAUCAUUGGUUUCGCCAGCAAUGCGGUCAUGGUCAGCAAGACCUUUAAUCCGCCGCCAUCGGUGCAUGGAAACCCGGACUCUCCCUAUCGCAACUCCUGUGUGGUAAGGUUCUUCGUCCACCAGUUCGGCAAGAAUCCGGGCAGCAUCAAUCUCUCCGUGGUGGAGAUGAAGGAGAAGGAGAACAUCACCACCACGCUGUGGUGGUGCACCAAAAACCAGGGCAGCGAUUGGGUCAGGUCGGAAUAUGUACUGCCAAAUAUUACGUCCAAAUACUAUCUGCAAUUCGAAGCUCGCAUGGGCAUGAGAAUCUACUCGGAUGUGGCUGUGGACGACUUCUCGCUGAGUCCCGAAUGCUUCGGCCUCAAUAUCCCGGCAGAUCACCUAGGUGGCUACAACUACUGGGAUGUCCGGCAGAAUCUGAAGAGUCCUUCCUACAAAGACUUCGAGUACACCAACUAUCUUGAGCUAACCAGCUGCGACACUCGUGGCAUGAUAGGACCCUCGCAGGCGGAGUGUGAAGCUGCCUACAGGGAGCAAAACAAAACGCAUGUCCUUCGGGAGGUUCAUGUGGUGGAGGACCAGAGCAGCUACAAGGGCAUGCAGAAGUGGAAGGUUCCCCACGAGGGACACUACACGAUCAUUGCCAAGGGCGCCAGCGGAGGUCUGGGUUCCGGUGGCGUGGGCAGCUCUCGAGGAUCGGUGGCCGUGGCCGUGCUGGAGCUUCACAAGCACGAGGAACUUUACUUCCUCGUCGGACAGCAGGGCGAGAAUGCCUGCAUCAAGUCGAUGGGGGUUCUCAAGGAAGCUGGUUGCGGCACCGAUCACGACCUGGACUUGGGCCAAUAUAGCUUCCGUUCCAAGCAGGACAUGGUCAAGAAUAUCUAUAUCGAAAAUGGCGCCGGCGGCGGUGGCGGUGGCUCCUAUGUCUUCCUCCUCAAUCAGGCGAAGAACGAGGCAGUGCCUCUUUUGGUGGCCGGUGGUGGCGGAGGUCUUGGAAUCGGCCAGUACAUAGACGAGGACUUCCAGCACGGACAGAAGGCAAAGCCCCUGCAACCGCCGGAAAGUGGGCAGAUCAACGGAGAGCCGCUGAACAAGAAGACCGCCGGACCAGGCGGAGGAUGGAGGGCCAAGGAGGACCAGGCCCUGAGUCCCACCAACGGGGCUGCCCUACUGCAGGGCGGUCGUGGUGGCCACUCCUGCUACGUUGAGCUGGCGGACAACGGAACCUCCGUUCACAGGCAUGGCCAAGGUGGCUUCGGUGGCGGCGGCGGUGGCUGCAACACUGGAGGAGGAGGUGGUGGCUACGCCGGCGGAGAUGUCUACCUGACCGAGUCGAAUGGCGAGGGAGGCAGCUCCUACAUCAGUCCCAGUCGAAGUCUCCGCGAAAUUAGCGAAAUACAUGCGGGAGCCAGCAGUGGACCAGGCGCCAUCAUCAUCAUUCCGGCCAUCGAGGGCUGUGGCUGCGACUACAGGUGCGUCGCCCUGGACGAGUUCCGCUCGAAGGUGCGGUGCAUCUGCCCGGAUGGCUGGAGCCUGAAGCGGGACAAUCACACCGCCUGCGAGAUUCGCGAGGAGGCGGGCAAGUCAUCCUUCCAGUACCUCGUCUCCAUCCUGAUGAUUUCGCUGGCAGUGCUCUUCAUCUGCAUAGCGGCACUCAUCUUUAUGCUGUACAAUCGCUAUCAACGGAAGAAACAGUCGAAGAAGCGCCACAAGAUGCUCGUGGAGCAGGAUCUUCAGUUAACACGAUUGCGCAACAAUAUCGACGAUUCCAAUCUGAACAACUUCAAUCCCAACUACGGAUGCGAUGGCAUCCUCAAUGGCCACAUCGAUGUCAACAGCUUACCCCAAGUGGCACGCGACUCUCUGCAGUUGGUCAAUGCCCUGGGCAAAGGUGCUUUUGGCGAGGUAUACAUGGCAUUGUAUCGCCAUCGGGACGGAGACGCCGUGGAAAUGGGCGUGGCAGUGAAAACCCUGCGCGAAGAUCCCAAGCGGGAAAAGGAGGAGGACUUCCUCAAGGAGGCAGCCAUAAUGGCCAAGUUCAAUCACCCGAAUAUGGUGCACUUAAUUGGCGUCUGCUUCGACCGUCAGCCGUACUACAUAGUUCUGGAGCUACUCGCCGGCGGGGAUCUGCAAAAGUUCUUGAGGGAGAAUAGAAACACCCCAGAACGACCCUCCCUCUUGACCAUGAAGGACCUGCUGUUCUGCGCCCUGGACGUGGCCAAGGGAUGUCGUUACAUGGAGAGCAAGCGAUUCAUCCAUCGGGACAUUGCCGCCAGGAACUGUCUGCUGAGCAGCAAGGGUCCAGGCCGAGUGGUGAAGAUCGCUGACUUCGGCAUGUCCCGGGACAUCUACAGAUCGGACUACUAUCGCAAGGGAGGCAAGGCCAUGUUGCCCAUCAAGUGGAUGCCGCCGGAAGCCUUCCUGGAUGGCAUAUUCACCUCCAAGACGGACGUCUGGUCCUUUGGCAUCCUCCUGUGGGAGGUCUUCAGUCUGGGCCGUUCGCCAUAUCCCGGUCAGCACAACACGCAGGUGAUGGAGCUGGUGGUGCGUGGCGGUCGAUUGGGGUCACCCACCGAGUGCCCCGUCUCCAUAUACAAGGUCAUGGCCGACUGCUGGAACCCCACGCCCGAGGAUCGACCCACUUUCAUCACUCUGCUGGAGCACCUAACCGCCUGCACUCAGGAUGCGAGCAUAAUGAACGCCCCGCUGCCCAAUAUCCUGGGGCCCACGGCCUCCGAAAGGGACGACACCGUCAUCCGGCCGCCCAACGGCGAGGAGUUCUGCUUGGCGGUGCCCGACUACCUGGUACCUUUGCCCCCGGGUGGUAGCAGUAAUCCGUCGGUGGCCAGUGGUUCGGGCUAUGUUCCCGAGUCACAGCGCCAGCAGAUGAGCUCCUGCACCCCACCGGCGGUCACGUCGCCCGCUGCACCUCAUCCCAGGCCGGUGGAGAAUCUCGCUGCCGCCAAUGGCGAUUGCUGGGAGACGUCUUUCAUACUACCGAAGUCCAAGGUCGAGCCGCCGGUGACUGGAAGUGGCCACGACGUCCCACUGGCCGCCGGGGAGGAGGCCAAGCUGAUCAGCCUGGACACACCGCAGCCCACGCCAACCACCAUCCAACCACCGCUGUCCUUUGCCUCCCAGCUGGAUGGCAUUACGCUGGAUCCCUCGGCGCUGUCCAAGGGUUUGCCCAACGGCAGUGCCAAGCAGUCGUACGCCAAUGUGCAGGUGAAGAACGAGAUCGAGGGAAAGCCCAUCAACGGGGUGGUGGGCAACGGAACGGUGAUGAACGGGGACGUCGCGACGGGUUCGGGUGGUGCCGAUUCACCCUUCACCAUCCAGGGAUACGCGGAGCGGUACAAGGACAACAACAAUCAUUCCGAAAUCAGUUGUUAAGGGGCACUCACAAAAAUGGUAGCCCAUAAUCAGGAUUAUACUUCGAAAGUCAACUAUUCAAAUUUCCAAAUGAUUUGAAGAUUUAUAAAAUCUUUAACCAAAGAGGACAGGUCAAGGAUCUACCGAUUAGCGAUAAAAACAUCCAGACUUUUGAAUUAUACUCCUGAUUUUAGGCAGCCUCUUUGUCGCUCACCGAAAACUUUGCGAGGCCCAGGAAAUUUGUCUUGUUUUUGGGGCAAUCACAAUUUGCUUGCGCCUCACCAGCGCAUUAAAUAUAUUUAUUCUCGAAUCAUAUGAGAAAACAAACAAUUGGAAUAACAGAAACCGAGUGAGAACUUCACAAAAAAAUUGUAUUGUAAUUAAUCUUAAAUUUGUAUUGCGAAAAACAAAAAAACCAAAGUCGGAUUACAAGAAACUGCAAGUAACAUAUAAACUUAGUUGAUAUAAAUAGUUUAGUUUUUUACCAGAUAUUAGUUUUGCGAAAACAGUAAAAUGAAGUAAAAGAACGUUUUGCGAGAGGUUGUAUAUAUUAAUUGUAUCUAAGUUUUACAAUUACCUUUAGUUUAAUUGAACUAUUUUUUUAUAUCUUUAGUUGCCAUACCCUUAGUUAACGUUUUAAGCUGAUGACUGAAAUGCCAAACAAUAUUCCUAAAGUAAAAAAAGUAAAGAACGAAACGAUAGCUUAUUUUUAAUACGCAGUCCAGAACCGGGAACCAAGAUGCCAACUCAAAGUAGUUCAAAGUGUCAAAGCAAAUAGCUCGUUUAAAGUUCACAAUAAUACCACAGAUGUAGUCAGAUAUGCCAACACAUAUGUUUUUAACAUAGGACAUAUUUCAUUUUAGGAUUCUCGAUUCUUGUAUUCUUUACUCCGAAUGAAAUUAAACUUAGUGUAAAUAACAAGCUUCCGUCGUAGCGAAUUACGUAUAUUGUAUGUAAUUGAAUAGUCCUAGGGAUAAUAAAAAGAAGUAGAGUAUAAAGCGAUAGAAGAAAAACUACAAUUUACAGGGUGAUUUUUAUGAAAAUUCAGUUGUAUGUUUGAAAAACAAAAAUUAGCAUUAACGAAACCAAGUUGACGCAACGACUUUCAGCUCGAUUUGAGUUGCUUAAAAUGUUGUACAAUAUUCUUUCAGCACAGCCCUGUAUUUGUUCAUAAUCAUCAUUAACGCUCUUUUUUCAGGUGUUGAUCGGAAUUCGAAAUUUUGUACAUUUAGUUGGAACGUAACAAACAAGCUUUAAAUUAUAUAAUUUUUAUAAAGAUAUAUUAACGAUAUACAAGUGAGGCGACAACAUAAUAUUUAACCAAGCAGAAAAUAAAUGAAUUAUACAAGAACGAGGCUCGCAGGAGCCAAAUUUAAAUUAUUAUAUAUUGAGGUAGGUAUACAUGCAUAAGCAUUUAUGUAUGUACAAUUAGGCAUAAGCAAAUUGAGUGUGUGUUUAAAACAGCAAAUCGAAAAACAAAAAAUAUAUACAUACUUAGAUAAUGAUACCGAACAUAUAUAGGAAGAAUAACGUUAUGUCUAUGUUUUGCUUUAUGUACAAGUCUACUAUUAUAUGCGCAUUCAUCUAUAUACACGCAAACAUAUUCUCGUAUAUAAACAUAUGUAUAAUCAACUUAUAUAUCCAAUAUGUAUGUGCGACUAAAGCGAACCGUAAAUUUAAAUGCUGAAUACGCGGAAACCAAAAAACAUGUAAAUUACAUUUAUAUUUACAUAGGUCUAACACGCAUAUUCAUCCGAUCUCUCGUUUUUAUUUUAUAAUACGUAGUUUCGCUUAAGAUUAAAUGAAAUUUAACGAUUUUUUAAAACUAAAAUCAUUUCUAGGUGAACAGAUUAUUUUAAUAAAGUUUCAGGAAUAAUCAUAUAAAGUAAGAACGAGAAAAAGGUUGAAUAUACAAUUUACAACAUACUUUAAAAGCGACUUGUCACAGAAAAUACCGGAACCCAAACAAAAAAAAUGUACAAAAUAAAAUAAAAACCAAUUGAGAGAAAAUAGAAAUAAAUAAAAGUCUACCAAUGUAUGCUCACAAUCGAGUGCUCAAUAA